AUGACAUGCCACCAUGAUGCUGUCAUCAACACUUUCCCAACUCGCUGCUCUCUGUGGCUGGAGCACAGAUCUCUAGCUGGCCCUGGGUUGGCAGAGCUGACCUGGUAUCCUCUUUCCUCUACAGAGUGCGGUAUCCAGAAAGCCACAUUAGUGGACAAAUCGGAGGAGAACCUGGUGAGCAUCACCGAGUUCCCAUGGGUGGUGUCCUUGCAGGACGCACAGUACACCCACCUGGCCUUUGGCUGCAUCCUCAGCAACUUCUGGAUCCUCAGCGCUGCAUCUGCCUUACAUAACAGGAAGAACGUUAUUGCUGUGGUUGGUAUAGCCAACAUGGAUCCCAAAAUGGUUUCUCAUACAGAGUACCCCAUCAAUGUCAUCAUCAUCCACGAAGACUUUGAUAACCACUCAAUGAUUCAUAACAUAGCCUUGUUGAGGACAGACUCGGCGAUGCAUUUUGAUGACCUGGUCCAAUCCAUCUGCUUCCUGAGUAGAAAACUGCAUUUGCCGCCAGGCUUGCACAACUGCUGGGUGGCAGGAUGGAACCCCACGUCUGCAACAGGAAAUCACAUGACAAUGAGUAUCCUGAGGAGAAUCUCCGUGAAAGACCUUGACCCCUGUCCCCUACACAAACCCCGGAAGACGGGAUGCGGCAGUCACAUACAGCAGGAAACUGACACGGUCUGCUUGGGGGAGCCAGGGAACCCCAUGAUGUGCCAGCUCCAGGAGUUUGAUCUGUGGGUCUUGAGAGGACUCUUGACUCCAGGAGGUGACCAGUGUCCCGGCCUAUUCCUGUAUACCAAAGUGGAAGAUUACAGCGACUGGAUCAUGUCCAAGGCUAGGAAGGCUGGCCCUUCCCUGUUUUCACUCCACCCCUGGGAGAAGUUGAUCCCAGCAACCUACCACCAGCCAUCGGCCCUUUUCCCCCUGAGCACUUAUCCUGCACCGCACCCCAUGGCCUGGUCCCACUCCCAAGAACCGGACAGGACCACUGUGCACUUAGUGCCAGCAAACGGCUCUGGAGAUUCCAGUCAAGCCUUCAAGGUGAAGGGGAUCCAGGAUGCAGACAGACAUUCCGAGGGAGCCUCUCAACCCGUGUACUAUGACUACUAUGGUGGUGAGGCUGGGGAGGAGACUACUGCAGGUCAGAGUAGGCUGCGUCAGCCCCAAGCAAUGAGCUUCGUUUUCUUCGUGCUCGUUUUCUUUGGCAGCGGUGCCUAG